UGUUGAUAAGAAUGAUAAGACGAACUCAACAGUUAUGUUCUGCUGAACGCGACCCUUUGUCUCUUUUUGUUUCUCUCGUUUUUGACAAAACUGGCGGACCAAUCAAAACUGGCUGUCUUAGAAAGACUUUUCUCGAAUCUCGAAUCUCGAAUCUCGAAUCUCGAUCAUACGAAACAAAGGAAAUGUUCAGUCACUUCAGUCGGUCCUAACCGGAUGGCGGAUGCGUAUUGCGUCAGUCACAUGGUUGUUUCGUUCUUCAAUCCGACUGAAAAUUUGCGAAUAUGUUAGGCGUGAACGGCGUGACUACUGGCGUGAGCGUUUAUUCAGAUUCUCAGGAAUCUGCAUUGAUAGACGAAGAAACUUUCAAAGAUAUAGAGACAUCCUUCGGAGGUACUCUGCCAGUAGUACCGGAAAAUAUACACGAAUUAGAAGUCAUGGAAGAGAAACCUGACACAUUCGCCAUGUCUGCAAACGUCUCUGUGGCUGUGGAAAAGAAAUUGAAAAGAAAGAUGGAAAUAGAAGAUGAUGAUAGAGAACAUUACUACCCAGAGUACCCAGCUUUAUACAACGAUUAUUUGGGUUGUCCAUUGAAUUUCCAGUUCACCUUUGGUGAUAGCAAUGGACAGGAUUGGGUGUACUCUGAGGUAUUGAAAAAAUUAUAUAUCAAAAUGGAAAAGGUACUACCUUUACGAUUUACGUGGGAGCCAGCUAUGCCCGGUUUACUCUUACGUACAGAAUUAGUUUUUCUGUUGGACGAACAUAAAAGUGAUCCAGUAAAACGAUGCUACAAUCACGCAGCAAUAACCAACCACGUUAAUCAAACUAUGGAACAAGGCAGAAUUAAACAUGUAGUCCAUUGCGUUAAUCAUGCUUCAAGUAUCUACAAAGAGAAAGAUGGAUAUCUUUCUAUUUUAACACCGCUUUGUACACCCGAAGCUGGCUCGCAGUAUGUGCCAAUGUGCUUCAAGUUUUUUUGCAAAAAUAGCUGUCCAUCCGGUAUGAAUCGUAGAGCUACAGAGCUUGUAUUCACUUUAGAAAAUGAACAGAAUCGAACUUUAGCUCGUCGAACAAUAGUAAUAAGAAUUUGUAGUUGUCCGAAACGAGACAAACAAAAGGAUGAGGCGGAAUAUGGUGAAGACCCACUGUCAUCCGUUAAACGAAAGAUUUUAACACCGAAUAAAAAGAUGUCUUAUGACAAGCAUGUUUAUAAAGUCGAACUAAAUAUCGUUGGAAAAGAGAAUUAUUUAGCGGUUUAUAAUUAUGCGUAUGACAUUAUGGCCGGUCAAGCUGCGAAAACCGGUCAACAUGACGUUUUUAAACCAUAUAUGGAUGCCAUAUUAAAUCAAAUACCAUAAGAUGAUUAAUAUGAAAACCAU